AUGCGCCGCCUCUCCGCGGCCCUUCGGCCCAUGCUGCGCACUUCGCGGGGCGUUUCGGUGGAGGCCAGGAAGUCCACUGCCGGGGAGCUCGUUGAGAUGCCGACGCAAACGGCGGCCACGGUGGACCGGUACGGACGGGGAGAUCGCGUCGUGAAGCUCUCGUUGAGUGGAACGAAGUUCUUGACCUUGCGCUCGACGCUGGCGCACAGCGCAGUUCUGGAUGACAUCGUGACACGCGCCGAGGCGAAUGAAGCUUCUCGGACCAACACUCGUUGGAGAAGGGAGGUGGGCCUUGGAGCUCUUUGA